AGUUGUCUCGGCAAAUUGCUUGAGAAAAUCAUCAAAAGUAGACUGAUGCUUGAGGUAGAACGACGACAGUUAUUGCCACAACAUCAAGCAGGCUUUCGUUCAAAAAAGAGUACAAUUAAUAAUAUUGUACGCUUAGAACGAUAUGCCAGAGAUAAUCUACUACGUAGUCGUCACUCAGCAGUCAUAUUCUUCGAUAUAAAGGCCGCAUUCGACUCUGUUUGGCAUGAUGGUCUUAUUCACAAAAUUAAUGAUUUCAACUUACCACCAUAUCUGAUCAAUUACCUCAUCUCCUUUCUGGACAAUAGAACAGCCAACAUCGAAUUUGAAGGAUCAUUAUCACGUCCAUUCAAACUUAAGAGUGGUACACCGCAAGGUUCACCACUCUCGCCAAUACUGUACAUCCUCUUCACUGCAGACUCCAUGAACGGGAUCCCUGAUCAUACCGAACAUGGUUUGUUUGCCGAUGAUACAGCAUUAUGGACAUCAUCCAACACAACAUCGAACCUAUCUUCAAGAUUGCAACAAUGGAUGAAC